GUUGGCAGUGUUAUUCAGCAGUACUUGUUCUAAGGCUCCUACUACAUUUCUCAUUAUAAAUGUGGAGAAAUCUUGUUCUACUUUCCAUUCCAUGCAACACUAACUUUUAGAUUCCCUUUCCAUUGCACUGCUCUUUCUUUCUAUAGAAUUAGUCACUCCUGUUCUAGAUGAAGGUUUUCUCCCCAAUUCUUGCUUGCCUAGCGCUUGCUGUGGUGGCAAGUCAUGCUGCUCUCUCACCCGAGCAAUAUUGGAGCUAUAAGCUGCCAAAUACUCCAAUGCCAAAGGCUGUCAAAGAAAUUCUACAUCCAGAACUGAUGGAGGAGAAAAGUACCUCUGUAAAUGUAGGAGGUGGUGGUGUAAACGUCAAUACAGGAAAAGGGAAGCCUGGGGGUGACACCCAUGUGAACGUUGGAGGCAAAGGAGUUGGAGUGAACACGGGAAAGCCAGGGGGUGGCACUCAUGUGAAUGUUGGAGACCCUUUUAAUUACCUAUAUGCAGCCAGUGAAACUCAAAUCCAUGAAGACCCGAAUGUGGCUCUUUUCUUUCUGGAAAAGGAUAUGCACCCCGGGGCAACAAUGAGCCUGCAUUUCACUGAAAAUACAGAGAAAUCAGCUUUCUUACCUUAUCAAACUGCCCAAAAAAUACCGUUUUCAUCUGACAAGUUGCCAGAAAUUUUCAACAAGUUUUCAGUGAAACCUGGAUCACUGAAGGCAGAGAUGAUGAAGAACACAAUUACGGAGUGCGAACAGCCAGCGAUUGAAGGAGAGGAAAAAUAUUGUGCAACCUCACUGGAGUCAAUGAUUGACUAUAGCAUUUCCAAACUAGGGAAAGUUGAUCAGGCAGUCUCAACAGAAGUGGAAAAACAAACCCCAAUGCAAAAGUAUACAAUAGCAGCUGGAGUGCAGAAGAUGACAGAUGACAAAGCUGUAGUGUGCCACAAGCAGAAUUAUGCAUAUGCUGUCUUCUAUUGCCAUAAAUCAGAAACAACAAGGGCUUACAUGGUUCCUUUAGAGGGUGCUGACGGAACAAAAGCCAAAGCAGUAGCAGUCUGCCACACAGAUACAUCCGCAUGGAACCCUAAGCAUUUGGCUUUUCAAGUCCUAAAAGUUGAACCAGGAACCAUUCCUGUCUGCCAUUUCCUUCCUCGGGAUCACAUUGUUUGGGUCCCUAAGUAAAAAUCCUGAAGAGUAGAUUCAUACACUAUAAGUUUCAUCAUAGUGUGCAUUACAACAGCGUAAAGCAAUAUCCAGUUUGUUCUACAAUAAUAUACCCACGAGUUUAGUUAUGUGAAAUCUAUCCAUGAAUCAUGUUCUUGGUAAUGGAUAAAAUGAUAUUACUUUGCGGACA